GGGUACCUUGGGUGGGUGUGUGGUAGGGGUACCUAGUGAGGGUGCGGGGGUGGUACCUUCUCCCCCUUGCCGCUUUGUCUCUGUAAGGGAUAUGUGACAUAUAGCUACCGCUAUACCGCACUGCCGCUAUACCCCAAUGCCACUAUACCGCAAUACCGCAAUACCGCAAUAACUGUUGCGGUAUAGCGGUAUAAGCAUUUUGAUUUUGCCGCAAAAUCAAAUUCCCCACCAACUCUAUAAUUAUGAAUUAACACAGGAACUAUGUGAUUCAAAAGAGAAAGAAAAUCUUGAAAACAAACGUAAACUUAUGUUUUAUCAAGGUACAUUGCAUAGCCAGGGCCUAAUUGAAGGAUUUCUUGGCUAUUUACAAGGUGUUAUACAACCAAAUAGUGCAAAACCAAUGUCAACAAAAAAAUUAUUCAAAAAAAUUAUCGAUAUGGCUUAUAAUUCUUCCAAAAGCAAUUCAAUUAUUACCUGUGUCGUCGAUGGUAUGUUUCAAUGUAUGAAAAUCGAUUGGAAUAAUUCAUCGGACGAUGAAAAAAUUAAUAAGUCAAAUCAAUUAAUACAAGAAUUAGACAAUGUUUAUUCAUUAUUAUCGGAAUCUAGACAUGGCAUGAAAAAUUCUCGACAUGAUCAAGAAUUUAUAAUUUUGUCGAAUGGUUUGAAUGAUACUCAAAUUUGUUUAGUUAAAUGUAUAGCAAUACAUUUUUUACGUCUGAAUAAUAAUAAUAUUCAUAUUGAAAAGUAUUGA